GAUCCCGCCUAUUGACGUUGAUAGACAGAAGCCGCGUCCAGUGAGAAGAAAAGGAAGGCCUCUAUAGCCCUAUCGGCUACUACAACACCAAAGAUGGAUCCACCUAACUGGCUGACGCUACACCUUGGUCUUUCCGGGUCCUUGCACACUUUGGCGCAACUCCUGCAGAGCUAAGGCCGAGGGGGAUCCGGAAGGAACCCUCUGAACAGGAACUGAAAUGAAUAAAAGUAGCUGGCAGAGUAGGAGAAGACGUGGGAGAAGCAGCCACCAGCAGAACCCUUGGUUCAGACUCCGUGAUUCUGACGACAGGUCCAACUCCCGGGCAGCGCGGCCCGCUCAAGAUUCUGGCAGCCAUGAUGAGGAGUCUCCGUCGACCUCGUCUGGCACAGCUGGGGCCUCCUCUGUGCCAGAGCUACCUGGGUAUUACUACGACCCUGAGAAGAAACGCUACUUCCGCUUGCUCCCUGGACAUAACAACUGCAACCCCCUCACCAAAGAGAGCAUCCGGCAGAAGGAAACGGAGAGCAAGAGACUGCGGCUGCUCGAGGAAGAGGACAAGCAGAAAAAGAUUGUCAGGAGGGGAUUUAAUGCAUCUUCCAUGCUACGAAAAAGCCAGCUGGGUUUUCUCAACGUCAGCAGUUAUUGCCGUUUAGCCCACGAGCUGCGUCUCAGCUGCAUGGAGAGGAAAAAGGUUCAGAUUCGGAGCUUGGAUCCCUCCGCCUUGGCAAGCGACCGAUUUAACCUCAUACUGGCAGAUACCAACAGUGACCGGCUCUUCACAGUCAAUGAUGUCAAAGUCGGAGGCUCCAAGUAUGGCAUCAUCAAUCUGCAGAGUCUGAAGACCCCCACGCUCAAGGUGUUCAUGCACGAAAACCUCUACUUCACCAACCGGAAGGUGAACUCGGUGUGCUGGGCCUCGCUGAAUCACUUGGAUUCCCAUAUUCUGCUGUGCCUCAUGGGACUCGCAGAGACUCCAGGCUGUGCCACCCUGCUCCCAGCAUCACUGUUUGUCAAUAGUCACCCAGCAGGAAUAGACCGGCCUGGCAUGCUCUGCAGUUUCCGGAUCCCUGGUGCCUGGUCCUGUGCCUGGUCCCUGAAUAUCCAAGCAAAUAACUGCUUCAGUACAGGCUUGUCUCGGCGGGUCCUGUUGACCAACGUGGUGACGGGACACCGGCAGUCCUUUGGAACCAGCAGUGAUGUCUUGGCCCAGCAGUUUGCUCUCAUGGCUCCUCUGCUGUUUAAUGGCUGCCGCUCUGGGGAGAUCUUUGCCAUUGAUCUGCGUUGUGGAAAUCAAGGCAAGGGGUGGAAGGCCACCCGCCUGUUUCAUGACUCAGCAGUGACCUCUGUGCGGAUUCUGCAAGACGAGCAGUGCCUGAUGGCGUCAGACAUGGCUGGAAAGAUCAAGCUGUGGGACCUGAGGACCACUAGGUGCAUAAGGCAGUAUGAAGGCCACGUGAACGAGUACGCCCACCUGCCCCUGCAUGUGCAUGAGGAAGAAGGAAUCCUGAUGGCAGGUUGGCAAGCCUUUACAAAGUGGCAGCCCAGGGCACCCGAAACCCCUCAACCCAGAUCUGCUACACCCAAGAGAAGCACCGCCAGGCCCACCUAGUGGUAUGUCAAUGGCUGUUACAACAGCUCCCAGAGUGUUCUGCACGGCCUCGCCCACCUUCCGAGCGAUGAGCGUUCCGCCUUCAUCGUCCCCCUGUGCCUCGGUAACAUCUGUAGACGAUAAUAAGGGAAAAGCUGUCACCUCUAAGUCCACUCCCAAAUGGAAAACUCAGGGAGCAAUAGCAGAACGCUUCUGGAUUCUGAACCCAAAUACCACCGUGCCGUCCGGCAACCCCUGCAAAGGCCUGCGCUGCGGGUCAGGUCAGCCCAGACCCUGAAAUCCGAUGACAUCUGUCAGUCCUUUAUCUGCAACCUUCUGGGGAUCCUUUAUAACCUUCUUUAAGGCAGAAAGGUUCUCGGAGCAAAAUCUAGUACCUUCUCAAAGGAGAAGACUGAACUAGAACCUUCUCAAAGGAGCAGCCUUUUCAGAACUCAGCUGCUAUGUGUGUAUUCCCUUCCCCCAGAAGCAGCUCUGCAGCUGGGAACGCGGGACAGGCUCGAGCCCUGAGGAACAGCAACCACAGGACGCUCUUAAGCAAGGAGCUUAGAGCCUGACUGGCCAAGACCCGAGGUAAGCGCUCUCACAAGGACGAUGUAGUUAGGAGCGGAACUGGGGCAUCUGGACAUCCAGUUCCCAGUGCCAAGGAGGGAGGGUCUCCCCGCCACCCCUGCAGCUCCCAGGCCCCACAUUACCUAACUGGACAUUCCUGGCUUCAUAGCAGUUGUCACACACCCGGACCGGUGCAGGGCCCCAGCCCCGCUCAGGCACUGGCCGAGUCUUUGAUGAACAGCUGUCACAGAAGCCCUCCCCACAGGCUCGGCAGUGAUGCUUCGUGUCGUUAUCUUUAAAAGAUGUCGCACAUUUGUUGCAGCUCUGUUCCAAGCCCAAAACAAAACAGAGAGGCAGGUAGGUUAUGACACGUCUGUUCAGCUGAGAAGUUGACCAGAGCUGGAACAACCAGAAACUAAGGCAGGUGGUGUUAGCUCAAGCUCAAG